AUGAGGGAGCUGGGGGCAGAUGAUGGGGAGGGUGGGAGGGUGAGGGAGGAGCAUCUCGCACAGACAGCACCAGCCUCAGCAGCGGCGGCAGAAUGGACCGUCUCUAACCGGGGAAUUCUAACGGGCUCUGCGGCCGUGUCCCACAAUCUGGACCCACAGGCGCCGAGUGUCCGACAUCCCAAAGAUGCGGCUCUCCUCCUCUGCACCGGGACCUCUGCCGGGAACAACGGGGGGAACAGUGGGAACAUUAGCCUGCGCAGUGCCUCUCCACAUCGGAACGCUUACGAGGCCGGGCUGGCUGCACUCAAGAAGGCCACCGACCACCUCAACAGCACCGCCACCAAAGGAGGGAUUGACCGAGGAGCUAAACCCGCCCUCCUGCCCCGUCCGAGCGAGAGGGGCCGCAAAUAUGGAUCAAACGUCCACCGCAUCAAGAACAUGUUCAUGCAAAUGCAGUCGCCGGGCGAUGAGGAAGAUGGGAAAGCUAUUGGCACAGAGGAAGAAGUGAAAUUGAUGUUAACCCGGACGUCCGGCCUGAGCGAGCAUGUGGACCACAGUGCGCUUCUCAAAAUGGGAAACGCCACGUCUGAAAAGGUCACUCGUGCCGGAAAAGCAGAGGGACUGGGUGCUUCCAAACUACAAGAGACAAGACGGAUCUUUGAACAGCGGGUGCUACAGGAAAAACAAGCAGCCACCAAUCGAAUCCUGCUGAAGAAGGAGCGCGCUUCUGGGUUUCAGGACAGCCGGCUGGACGUUGUGGCUCGGUUUAAUGGCUCGACAGAGGCCCUGGACCGUCUGGACGACCCGCCUGCUCCUGUACCCGCCUCCAUCCCAGCUCCAGAAGACGUGACAGGCCCCGGAGACGCCGUCAGUCCCACUGUCAGCCAGCUGAGCGCUGUGUUUGAGAAGAGCAAAAUGCAGAACCACUACCUCUCCCAGCGCCGCUCGGGUCCUGCACUAGGGCCAAAGCCUAAACCUCCUCCCAAGAAUGAAGCUCUGAAGAAGGUGCUGGCGCCUGGUAAAGAGAGCGAGACAGAGAAAUCUACAGCAAUGACAAACGAGAUCCAGGAGGAAACCUCGUCAAGCACUCAGUCGGACUUUGAGGCCUCUGGGCUGAGUGAGGAGCAGGACCGUGUCACAGCAAACGAAGGCCACCUGAACCACUGCUCCUCCGCACCUCCUUCUGUCACUGUGACCCCGGCCUCAGAGGAACAUCCCGAGUGCAUGGACAAGGGCUCCAGCACAGAACCCGUCAUCACCGUGGAGCAUUGCGGCGCCAACGGCAGUGCUGAGCCUGAGGGAGCCACGCUGGUGCAGGCGCAGGUCCACGCCGCCUUAGAAAACGGACAGACGGAGAUCCCAGCUUCACCGGACAGGACAGAGGAAGAAGAGGAGGAGCGGGAGGACUACUCUGAGGGAGAUCUGGUGGAUGUCAGCGCCUACAGUGGCAUAGGGGAGGACGAUUCAGGAGGCAGCCAGCUGGACGAUGAUGACGAGGAGGAGGAAGAGGAGCCGUAUCAACCUGAGAGCAGCAGCCACGAGAUCCAAGGGCUUCCCGAGGAGGAGGAGCCCCCAUCGGCCAAUCGGAAGAUCAGAUUCAGCACAGGGCCAAUCACGGUGUUUGCCACAUACUCCAAUGAGGACUACGACCGGCGUAACGAUGACGUGGACCCGAUGGCGGCCUCGGCAGAGUACGAGCUGGAGAAGAGGGUGGAGAAGUUAGAGCUGUUCCCUGUGGAGCUGGAGAAAGACAGCGAUGGUCUGGGCAUCAGCAUCAUCGGGAUGGGUGCAGGCGCAGACAUGGGGCUGGAGAAGCUGGGCAUCUUUGUGAAGACUGUGACGGAAGGAGGAGCCGCGCAGAGGGACAACAGGAUACAAGUGAACGACUUAAUAGUGGAAGUGGAUGGGACCAGCCUGGUUGGUGUGACCCAGGCCUUUGCUGCCUCCGUCCUCCGUAACACAUCUGGUGUCGUCAAGUUUAUGAUUGGCCGAGAGAAGCCAGGGGAGCAGAGUGAAGUGGCCCAGCUGAUCCAGCAGACUCUGGAGCAGGAGCGGUGGCAGAGGGAGAUGAUGGAGCAGAGAUACAAGCAGUACAUGGACGAGGACGAAGAGACAGGAGAAUAUGCCACAGAUGAAGAGGAGGAGAUGAGUCCGAUGUUUCCAAACUCCAUUGAAGUUUUCGACCUGGCAGAGCAUGAGGCCACUCUGUCUCCUGUGGAACUGGACCCAGAAAAACUGGCUCACAAAUUCAAAGAGCUCCAGAUCAAACACGCUGUGACCCAGGCCGAGGUCCAGCUGCUCAAGAGAAAGCUGGCUCACGCCGAGCAGGACCGGCUGCGUUGGCGGAUGGAGCGCGCUCAGUUGGAACAAAGCAUCAGGGACAGCAAAGAGCGCAUGGAGAAGCUGGAGGGCUACUGGAUGGAGGCUCAGUCUCUGUGCAAGGCUGUGGACGAACACCUAAAGGAAACACAAUCUCAGUAUCAAACAUUGGAGCGCAAAUACAGCAAAGCCAAAAGGAUGAUCAAAGAGUACCAGCAGAAGGAGAGCGAGCAUCAGAAGAAAGAGUCUGAGCAGCAGGAGAUGCAGGAGCAGAGCCAGACCACUCACGAGGAGGAGACCGUCAACCUCCAGGAAAAGAUAAGUGACUUGGAGACCAAAGUGGAUGCCCUGAAGACUCCAAACUCCUCCUAG